GUGUGUGUGCGUGUGUGUGUGCUGCCUCUCCUCCUCCUCCUCUCUGAGUGUGUGUGUGUGUGUGUGUGUGUGAGGGGGCAGCUGGUCGCUCGGCUCUGCUCGGUUAGAAAUGGCGCUGCGGGCUGCGCUGCUCUCCUCUCUGCUGCUGCUCUGCGCGGUUCGGCGGUUCGGCCUGUGCUGUCCGAGCCGCUGCCUGUGUUUCCGGACCACGGUGAGAUGUAUGCAUCUGAACCUGGAGACGGUGCCGGCGGUCUCUCCGCAGACCACCAUCCUAGACCUGAGGUUCAACAAAAUCAAGGAUUUACAGCCGGGUUCCUUCAGGCGGCUAAAGAACCUCAACACCCUCCUCCUCAACAACAAUCACAUCCGGAGGAUCCCCAGGGGGGCGUUCGAAGACCUGGAAAACCUCAAAUAUCUCUAUUUGUACAAGAAUGAAAUCCAAUCAAUUGACAGACAAGCAUUUAAGGGGCUUGUCUCUCUAGAGCAACUGUACCUGCACUUCAACAACAUCGAGUCUUUGGAACCAGAGUCCUUCACUCAUCUACCAAAGCUGGAGCGACUGUUUCUGCACAACAACAGGAUCACCCAGCUGGUGCCGGGAACCUUCUCUCAUCUUCAGGCCAUGAAGCGACUGCGACUGGAUUCCAACUCCUUGAACUGUGACUGCGAGCUGCUGUGGCUGGCCGACCUGCUGAAGCAGUACGCCGAGUCGGGCAACGCUCAGGCUGCUGCCACCUGCGACUACCCGAGCCGCCUGCAGGGCAGAUCGGUGGCGACGCUCACCGCUGAGGAGCUCAACUGCGAGGUUCCCAGGAUCACGUCGGAGCCUCACGAUGUGGACGUGACGUCAGGAAACACCGUCUACUUCACCUGUAGAGCCGAAGGCAACCCUAAACCACAGAUUAUCUGGCUCAGGAACAACAAUGCGCUAAACAUGCGCGACGACAGCCGUCUGAACCUGCUGGAGGACGGGACGCUGAUGAUCCAGAACACCAGGGAGACGGAUCAGGGAGUGUACCAGUGCAUGGCCAAAAAUGUGGCCGGAGAGGUCAAAACGUCCGAGGUCACGCUGCGAUACUUCGGAGCUCCGUCACGGCCCAGUUUUGUGAUCCAGCCCCAGAACACGGAGGUCCUGGUGGGGGAGAGCGUGACCCUGGAGUGCAGCGCCACGGGCCAGCCGCAGCCUCGGGUGUCCUGGACGAAGGGUGACCGCACGCCCCUGCCCAACGACGCCCGCGUCACCAUCACCCCCUCCGGAGGGCUCUACAUCCAGAACGUGGAGCAGGCUGACGGAGGACAGUACACGUGCUUCGCCUCCAAUAAUGUCGAUACCAUACACGCUACGGCGCACAUCAUCGUACAAGCGAUCCCUCAGUUCACCGUCACGCCGCAGGACCAGCUAGCCCUGGAAGGCCACACGGUGGAUUUCCCCUGCGAGGCGACCGGCUAUCCUCAGCCGGUGAUCGCCUGGACUCGAGGGGGCAGCCCGUUACCCUCGGACCGCCGUCACGUGAUCCUGCCCUCCGGCACGCUGCGCAUCACUCGGGUGGCGGCCCACGAUGAGGGCCAGUACGAGUGCCAGGCGGUCAACCCUGUGGGAACCACGCGCACCGCCGUGCAGCUCAGCAUCCAGCAGAGAGGUGAGGAGGGGGGCGGAGCUUUAGGCUCUAAGAGCAGGUGGUGCUUAGAUGAAAUAUGGCUGCCAAUCACAGGCUGCUUGUUUGAUGGCGUUCAGGUGACAGAAAGUGGAAAGUUCCACAUCAGCCCCGACGGUUACCUGGAAGUGAAGGACGUGGGCACGGCUGACGCUGGACGCUACGAGUGUGUCGCACGCAACCCCAUCGGCUACCAGGUGGCUAGCAUGGUGCUAACCGUGACAGUGCCCGCCGUCAGCAGGGAGGGCGACACCUUCGUCAGCACGUCCAUAGAGCAGGCCAUCCGUACUGUGGACAGCGCCAUCGAGUCGACGAGGAGGCGUCUCUUUGACGGUCAGCCUCGCACCCCCGGGGAGUUGCUGGCUCUCUUCCGGUACCCGCGGGACCCCUACACCGUGGAGCAGGCGCGGGCCGGAGAGAUCUUCGAGCAGACGCUGCUGCUCAUCCAGAACCACGUCAACCAGGGUCUCAUGGUGGACACCAACGGCACCGCGUUUCGCUACAACGACCUGGUGUCCCCCCGCUUCCUGGACAUGAUCGCCAACCUGUCCGGCUGCACGGCCCACCGCCGCAUCAACAACUGCUCGGACAUCUGUUUCCACCAGAAGUACCGCAGCCACGACGGCACCUGCAACAACCUGCAGCACCCGAUGUGGGGCGCCUCGCUCACCGCCUUCGAGCGGCUGCUGAAGUCCGUCUACGACAACGGCUUCAACCUUCCGCGAGGGCGGCUGGUGUCCACCACCAUGAUCGGAUCGGAGACCAUCACCCCCGACGACCGCUACACGCACAUGCUGAUGCAGUGGGGUCAGUUCCUGGACCACGACCUGGACUCCACGGUGGCGGCUCUGAGCCAGUCCCGGUUCUCCGACGGCCAGCUGUGCGCUCAGGUGUGCACCAACGACCCGCCCUGCUUCCCCAUCCAGUUCCCGCCCAACGACCAGCGGCAGCUGCGGAGCGGCGCCCGCUGCAUGUUCUUCGUCCGGUCCAGCCCGGUGUGCGGCAGCGGGAUGACGUCUCUGCUGAUGAACAGCGUUUACCCGAGAGAGCAAAUCAACCAGCUGACCUCCUACAUCGACGCCUCCAACGUCUACGGCAGCUCGCGGCACGAAUCGGAGGAAGUCCGCGACUUGGCGAGCCAGAGGGGUCUCCUGCGGCAGGGCCGCGACGUGUUCAGGGUGGCCGAGCUGCCUCACGGCUACGUCAGCUGUGACGACGUCCCUCAGAUCGACCUGCGCAUGUGGCAGGACUGCUGCGAAGACUGCAGAACUAAGGGCCAGUUCAACGCCCUGUCGUACCACUUCAGGGGACGCCGGUCAGCCGAGCACAGCUACAAAGAGUACAAACCUGCCAGCAGCUCCCAGGAGAACAGGGUCGUGAUCCUGCAUGACGGGCAGGACGCCCAGGUGACCUGCUUCGUGGAGUCCUGCCCAGCGACCGAGUGCAAACGCCCCGUCAAGCUAAAAGGCAGCUGCUGCCCGGUGUGCCUCGAGCAGCAGACGGCGGCCGCCCGCCGCCCGUAACGACCCUCAGGACCCCCGCAAACACGCCCUCUGGCGUCUGAACGUCACACGCUCGCAAUCAGACGCAUGGAGAGGACACGAGACUCGUGAAAUCGCGCGGCUCCACCGCCGCCAAUGACCUCGACAGACCCAACAGCCUCGUCUCAGUUUUUCGUUUUCUUCGACCCGGGGACGGAUUUUAUUUUGUUUCCUGUUUGUUGCACCCAGCGGCGCCAGGCUCGCUUUGAAAUCCUCCGGCGACGAGCCGCUGUCACUACGUGGAUUUAUUUCUGACCCGCCGGAUGGAUGAGCGGACAGGCGGGCGUGAGACGGGCCGGCCUCUCCUUCCUCCCUGCGCCGAGGCUCCUGAAGAGCCGCGACCAGCCGCCGUUUGCCGUCCUGCUCCUCCCGCUCGACGAUAAAUCGCAGGACAGGGAAGUAGAUGGAAAGGCGGUCGCCAUUUCUUGUCUCACACAAUAUUCUCAGGUUAGAGAUGCCGAAAACUGGUGCUACCCCCGAUUUAAUCCCAGUUUAAUCACUAAACCUUCAAAGUAUUUUGUCGUAUAUGCAAAGCAGCCUAUUUACACUCAGUAUGUCCUUAACGCUACGUCACAGUUGAGACGACUGUUGUACUUAUGAGUAGAGUUCCUGCAUCUUUAACCCGCGGUGCUUUUUAUCAUGUUAUUCUCUUCUUUUCCCUUCUUGUAUAAAUUGUUGCAUAUGAAGAAAAUGUGAAGCCCUACAAAAAUGUUUGUAAUGCAAAACAAAUGUCUACUGAUCUGCUCGUCGGUCCACUGACGACUCCCUCGCCGUGUGUGCCGCACGCUCGGCCGGCUCUCGCUCCGGCGCCUUUGAAAGAAACCCUGUUUGUACCACUGUGUUCACGUGCUGCGGACUUUCUUCCAGUAUUUUCCUCAGUGUUUUUAAGCCAAAAGUAUGAUUUUACGAGUUUAUGUUUGAAUGUUGUCCUGGUUCAGUAUUCUCACUUUGACCUGCUCAUGUUCGGACCGGUGCUUCUGCAGUCGUGGGAAGAUGAGCUCAGUAAUUUCAAUGAAACUAAUAUUUGACUGGAUCUGAACAAGUUUUAG